CGAAAGAGUGGCAAUUGGCAAACACAAGAUUUUGGAUCCCCACGUCACAUUCAAAACUCACAUGUGUGUUUGUGCGCGUGUGAUUGUCUAAUUGGUUUCUCCAACUUUAUCCUUUCAUGUGUCUAACCAAAACCUAUCUAUCCCAAAAUUUUCUAUAAUCUUUUCAUCCAUCACCAUUAAAACCAGAAAUAAAAAAGGAGGACAAAAAAAAGAAAAAGAAAAAGAAGGCUUACCUGUUAGAGAAAGGGAUGACAGGAGCAAAUGGAUUCGGUCUGGGGCAAGCAAUGACAACAGUGCCUCACCUAAGACCCUUUUGUUGCAUAGAUUUCUCAGCUAAGAAAUCUAACAAUUCUAGCUUCGUUCUUUUUCCUGAUAACCAACACAAUAACAAGAACGUCAAGAAGCCUUCUUUUUCUCUUAGUAGAACCCGCAGUUUGCAUUGUUGCCGUUGCAGUCACAGUAACACUAAUUCUAACUCCACUAACCUUGCACCUUCUCCUUCUCCUCCUCCUUCUUCGUUGGAUUGGGAUUGGAUUAGAUGGAACCGCCAUUUCUCUGAGAUUGAACAAGUUGAGAGUUUUGCCUCUGUCCUCAAGUUCCAACUUGAAGAUGCAAUUGAAAAGGAAGACUUCCAAGAAGCUGCAAAGUUAAAAUUGGCUAUUGCAGAAGCUACUUCAAAGGAUAGUGUCGCUGAAAUAAUGUCUGAGUUGCAGAAUGCAAUAGAUGAAGAGCGAUAUCAUGAUGCUUCAAGAUUGUGUAAAUACACUGGCAGUGGAUUGGUAGGUUGGUGGGUGGGCUACUCAACAGACUCUGAUGAUCCCUUUGGCAGACUGGUACGAAUAACACCUGGAGUUGGCAGAUUUGUUGGCAGGAGUUACAGUCCGAGGCAGUUGGUAACUGCAUCUCCUGGAACUCCAUUGUUCGAAAUCUUUGUGGUCAAAGAUGCAGAUGAAAGAUAUGUUAUGCAGGUUGUAUGUCUGCAACGAGCUAAAAGUGUUGCAACGAACUCCACAGGUUCACCUUCUAAAUCUGGUAAGAGCCCAUCCCCUUCUGAAGUUGAGAAGGAAUCUGAGCUGGAUGUUCAAGGAAAUGAAGUCAAGGCUGAGAGAAGUGAGGAGAAGGGCAUAAAUAUUGAGGGAGCAACUGAGGAAGGGAUAAAAAGUGUGAUAAAUUUUCUGAAAGAUAAGAUUCCAGGCUUGAAAGUAAAAGUCAUGAACGUUAAUGCUACUGAGGAAGUGGUAGAGGAUAAUGAUUCUGUGAAGCAGUUGAUGCAAGAUGAUGAGAAGAUAGCAUCUAGUGAGAGUUCUGAAGAUGAAUCCAAUGAGUUAGAAGAGAUUCAACCUGCUGGAGUAUCCGUGGAAGGUAAUACUGAUCCCACAGAUGAUGGGAAAGAUUUGGAUAUGAAGCUUUUUAUUGGUGGAGUUGUACAUAAUGAUGAGGAUACUCCUAGUAAGGAUGAGUAUGUGCGUCUUCCGGCCGAAAUUAAAGACAUAGAGAGAGAUUCUUUUGCACUGCAUAUUCCUGAGAAAAGUCUAGAGUAUGACAGUAAAGAACGUAAAGCAUCCAAAAUAAAAGUGGCAGCUAUAGCAGCUAAAGGUGUUUCUGAGCUUAUGCCUCCAGAUAUUGCAAAGGCAUUUUGGGGUGCAGAUAAAGUUUCUUCAAAGGUUUCCAGAGAUGUCCGCGAGAUUGUGAAACUUGCUGUUAGUCAAGCUCAGAAGCAGAGCCGUUUAUCUAAGCAUACAAACUUCAGUAGAAUCAACACUUCCAAUAACAAUUUUGAUCCAUUUGAUGGCCUAUAUGUUGGUGCUUUUGGGCCUUACGGAACAGAGGUAGUUCAGUUGAGGCGUAAAUUUGGCCAUUGGAAUGUGACUGAUGAUAAAUCCUCCGAUGUGGAAUUCUUUGAGUACGUUGAGGCAGUAAAACUAACAGGGGAUCUCAAUGUUCCUGCUGGACAGGUGACAUUUCGUGCCAAAAUUGGGAAAGGGAGUCGUAAUCCCAAUCGUGGGAUGUAUCCAGAUGAAUUAGGAGUGGUCGCAAGUUACAAAGGUCAAGGAAGAAUAGCAGAAUUUGGGUUUCGCAACCCACAAUGGGUUGAUGGUGAACUUCUUCAACUAAAUGGGAAGGGCCUUGGACCAUAUGUCAAAGGUGCAGAUCUUGGUUUCCUGUACGUUAUCCCUGAGCAAAGUUUCCUAGUGCUGUUUAAUCGGUUGAAACUACCAGAAUAAGCCCCAGUUUUGUCUCCACUCUUAUAUGCCAAGACGUGAAGGUUCACCUGAUAGGAAGGAGAGUACUUGUGUAUAUUGAGUUUGAGAAAUGCAUGCAGGUUUAUUCCAUUAUGUAAACCCUUGUACUUUACCAUUUUUACUUUAUGUUCUGUGAGGGGCAUUUUUCCUUCUUUGCCUUUCAUAUAUCAUCCCUUUCCUUGUGUAAAUCUCCUUCACAAAUUAAUCAUAUAUAGAUUUAGAGUUACCAAUAAAACCUCAUGUUGUGCUUCUGAAGGUUAUUUUUUAGGCAGUUUUUUGAGGUGCAAAGGUGUUCUCUUCUCUCUCUCAAUCAAUGAUGUUUGCUUUUGAACGACUA